AAUAGAGUAAAUGGAGUAAAUUCAUUGUUCACAUUUGGCCCUAAUCCCUUUCCGUAGAAUGUCUUAUCGCGGAAGCGAGAAUCACCGCCGAUACUAUGAAAUGCGGAGAGCGACUUAUCCAGAUUCUGGCUGGGUGACAACGAGGAAUCAGAGCCAUGGCGAAUAAGAUGAGUCCCAUCUGGAAGAGGGAAAGAAAAAAAAGGUGGGAGAGGAGACACAUUGUUGGCGAGGGUAAGCGAGGAUAAGUCUCACUCCUCAGUUUCACGACAUGGACCAUGAACACCAGGAAUGAGAAUGCCCACCUUCUUCUUUCCCGAUGUUGCUGGAAGCAUGGAUGAAACAUGAAUGUCCUGAGAAAAAUCAACCGGGUCCUCCUGGUGCUGCUGGUGCUGAUGGUGUGUCUCCUCCUCCACAGUACAGUGCUCAGAAAGUCCACUCGGCCCAAACUCUCAGAUCACCUGAAGGGCCUUGCAAGUGCAGCACAGGUUGCCGCAGUGAGAGAGCCAGAGGCGUACGAUGUCGUUCCCGUUGUGAUCUGUGCGUCGGAGGAGCGCAUCGGUGCAACCAUGGCGGUCAUCAAUAGCGUCUACAGCAACACAGAUGCCAGUCUGUUCUUCUACAUUGUCACUCUGCGCGAUGCCGUCAGACUGACAAGACAGUACAUAGUGAAGACUAAACUGAAAGGUAUCAAAUACAAGAUAUUGGAAUUCAACCCCAUGGUUCUGAAAGGAAAAGUGAAGCCAGAUUCGUCUCGACCCGAGCUGUUACAUCCGCUGAACUUUGUGCGCUUUUACCUGUCCAUGCUAGACAUCAAGCAUAAGAGGGUGAUCUACUUAGACGAUGACGUCAUUGUGCAGGGAGACAUCAAGGAUCUGUUUGAUAUAAAACUGAAGCCGGGUCAUGCUGCUGCUUUCUCCACUGACUGCGACCUGCCGUCCACACAUGAGAUGGUGGCAAGCAUCGGCAUGCAGACAACUUACAUGGGCUUCCUGGACUAUAGGAAGGAAGAAGUGAGAGACCUCGGCAUUGACCCGAGAAAAUGCUCUUUCAACCCCGGAGUUUUUGUGGCAGACGUCGCCGAAUGGAAGAAACAGAAGAUCACCAAGCAGUUGGAGAAAUGGAUGGAGGAGAAUGUCAGGCACAACAUAUACAGCAGUGCAAUGGCAGGAGGCGUGGCGACUCCACCCAUGCUAAUAGUGUUUCAUGACAAAUACACAACACUGGACCCGUUGUGGCACGUCAGGCACAUGGGCUGGAGUCCAGACGCCCACUAUUCAGAGAACUUCCUACAGGGGGCUCACCUGCUACACUGGAAUGGUCCUUUUAAACCAUGGCAUUAUCCUGCUGUUCACUUGGAUCUGUGGGAGAGGUGGUUUAUUCCAGACCCCUCCAGGAAGUUCUCCUUGGUACGACCCAAGAGUCACUACUGAGGCCCAAGGACACUCCAGUCUGAGGUGGACAUGAAGCAUGUGAAGUUCAGGAGGCGAAGAUGUGCUGCCAGGCCUAAUGAGAAUGUAAUGCUCAAUGUAUUUACCUACAAAUGCUAAAUAUACAAAAUAUGACUAUUCUGUUAUCUGCAUCAAGUGAACUGUAAAGAGAUUAGAAUGUUUUAAAUUGUAUAAAUCAAUCAAAUAGAGUGAUAAGAGUUUAGUGUCUUUCCAUGCAAACCUGAAAUACACUUUCAGAACUCUUAA